AUGUCGUCCCAAUCCUUCGGCAGCCUCCAAUUAGCACCCUGGAGUGAGCCCGCGUGGUCCCACGGCAUACCGUCUCCGUACUACACUGACAGCCACAGACAACUUCGUGAUGCCUUGCGGGCUUAUAUCAACGAACACAUCCUACCCGACUCACUUGACUGGGAAGCAAAAGGCGAAGCGCCACGCAGCGAAGCAUUGCGCUGGGCACGAUCUGGCUUCUGCUUCGCCGACGUGCCCUCUCAAUAUCGCUCGAAGGGUAUCCCCGAACCGGCUAGGAUCUCCACAGAUGAGUUAGAUGCGUUUCAUACGCUCAUUUCGACAGAUGAGACCUCUCGAGUAGAAGGUGGUGUCAUGACCAGCCUUGGUGGAGGAAGUGUGAUUGGAGUUCCCCCCAUUAUCCAUCACGGCACUGAGCAGCAGAAGCGGAAAUGGCUCCCUGGCUUGUUCAGCUGGGAGACAAGCUUCUGUCUGGGCAUUACCGAGCCGAGCGGCGGCUCGGAUGUUGGAAACAUUCAAACUACUGCUGAGAGGACUCCUGAUGGCAAGUUCUACGUUGUCAAUGGCUACAAGAAAUGGAUCACUGGUGCCCCUUGGGCAACACAUAUGACGACAGCCGUGCGAACGGGUGGCUCAGGGUUUAGCGGAAUCUCAGUGCUAGUGAUACCUAUGGACUCCCCUGGUCUGACGUGGAGACGCAUCCCAAACAGUGGACAGAAUGCAGGCGGUGCUUCCAUGGUCGAGCUCGAUGAUGUGAAGGUUCCCGUGGAGAACUUGCUUGGCAGGGAAGGUGACGGCUUUAGGAUCAUCAUGGUUAAUUUCAACCGCGAGAGGUACAUUAUGUCGGUGGGAUGCAAUCGUAAAGCGAGAACCUGCCUCACAACCGCCCUCGAGUACGCGCACAAGCGUGAGACUUUCGGCAGACCUUUGAUUUCGAAUCAGAUUAUUGCGGCCAAGUUCGCCAGCUUAGCACGGUACAUAGAAAGUCAUUGGGCAUGGCUCGAGCAGAUAGCAUACGCAGUACAGCAGUCGCCGAAGGGAUGGCAGGAACCUGACGUAGCCGGCCGCAUUGCACUUGCCAAGGCCCAUGGUGGCCGCAUAGAGGAAUUGGCUGCUCGUGAAGCCCAACAAGUCUUAGGCGGCGCGGGAUAUCAGCGUGGUGGUGUCGGUGCGGCUGUAGAGCAGAUCUCGCGGGACCUUCGCAUGAUGGUAGUAGGUGGAGGCAGCGAAGAAAUCAUCAGCGACUUGGCGUUAAGACAAGAAACUAUGUUGGCGAAACGAAGGGGCUGGAAGUUGUAG